AUGGCACCACCAUCAGGAAAGCCAGGUUCAGAUGUUGCAAGGCAAGGGGACAAGCAUCACACCAUCUUGGAGACGAUUGAACUGAGUGAUGAAAGUGAUGAUGAGUUCAACUACGAGGAACUCCCUGAAGAUCCAGACCUGCUGGAACAGGACGAUGAGGAACAGCUCGACGACAUCAAUCGGUUGCUGGCAGAGACGAAGCAACCAGUGGACAGCCAGGAGGCUGGCGACGAAGCUGGGCUAGCCAAGGUGCAGCAGCGCCCACAAGUCAUUGAUGACUUCAUCCGGAAUUUCUUGCUGAAGUACGACAUGAAGCGCUCCCUGGAAAUCUUUCAGGCCGAGUGGUACGAGAUGCAGCAAACAGGGAAGUUCAAGGACUCGGAGCUGACCAUUGUCCCUGAUGUGUAUACACGCAAUCACGGUUUCCAGCAAGAGGUCAUACUGCUCCGUGAGGAGUUAGAAAAGGCCCGAGUGGUGGCAGCCAAGGCCAAAGAGUCGUGGGACAAGUUUCGAAAAGAGCGUGAUUAUCACCGGAUGCACCACCGGCGAGUGGUCCAGGAGAAGAACAAGCUCAUAGUGGACUUGAAGAGAUUGAAAAAGCACUAUGAGCAGUACGAGCCAACUUUGACAGAGCUGCGGCACAAGUACGAGGUUGCAAUGAAGGAGAAGAUGCUUAUGCGCCUGGAGCGGGAUCGCUAUGCUGCGAAGGCAGAGUCUCUUCAGAAGCAGCUCUCGCAGGCCGAGGCAAAAGACGAAACUGCCAACAGCAAGGAUCUCACCGAAGGUGACGAUGCGCACAAUAGGAAGAAAACAUUGAGAGAAGCACCGUGGCCCAGUGAAGACAGGACCAACCCAUAUACGAAUUCCAAUUUCGAAGCGGUGCGGGUGGCAGACUUUGCAAGGACGCAGGUUUUCAAAGGCCAUUUGGGUGCGGUGUCACGUGUUGCCUUCCAUCCCAAGAUUCCGGUGGUAGCAACAGCCUGUGACGACCACACCUGGAAGAUGUGGUCUGUACCAGAAGGUCAGCUUGUUCUGAGCGGCGAGGGGCACAGGGAUUGGGUCAGCGGCAUUUCUUUUCACCCUCGCGGCUCGCUAGUCGCCACGUCGUCUGGAGAUUCGACCGUCAAGAUUUGGGACGUUGCCAAAGAGAAGUGCAAGCACACACUAACAGAUCAUACUCAGCCUGUGUGGGCAUGCUCCUUCCAUGAUAUGGGGGAUUUCGUGGUCUCUUGCUCUAUGGACCAGACCGUCAAAGCAUUCGACAUGAUGAGCAUGCGCUGCCGCCAGACAUUCCGCGGUCAUGUGGACUCUGUGAACUUUGUGACGUUCCAGCCAUUUUCGAACAACGUGUUGACAGCAGCCGGCGAUAAGACGAUCUCACUCUGGGAUCUCCGCAGCGGUCUGUGCGUGCAGACUUUUUAUGGGCACGCAAAUGCUUGCAAUCAUGCCAUGUUUAACCUGAAGGGUGACACGGUGGCCUCCUGCGAUGCAGAUGGAAUUGUGAAAAUGUGGGACGUGAGAGUUGUUUCUGAGUUCCUGCAAAUUGACACGGGACGCCAUCCCGCCAACGCAGCAAAUUUUGACCGAAGUGGCAAGAUCUUGGCCAUUGCGUCUGGCGAUGCUUCCAUCAAGACCUUCAACAUCGAAGACAAAGUCUUCGUUGCAAAUUUAGAAGGACAUGAAGAUUCGGUUCAGGAUGUGGUGUUCGAGCCGCAAGCCAACAAAUUCCUCAUUAGCGCAUCCUCUGACGCGACCUUCUCCCUUUGGCAAUGA